AUGCUCCAGUCCCUGGUCCGGGGCGGCCCCACGUGCUGCGGGGCCGCUGCGUGCCACAACUACUGGUGUCCGCACACCAGAGCCUGUGCCCGUAACAACGAGGAGUCGCGAGCUCACCCAGAGAGGCGCCCCUGCCUGCUGCCCCAGAGAAGGCCUGCAAGCAGCAGCGGAGGCCCGGCGCAGCCGAGAGUGGUAAUUAAAAACGAAGAUGUCCAGAGGCAUGACUCGACACGCCAUACUCAAGGAACAAGGAGCUGA